AUGGCACAGCAACAAACAUUGGGAAGAUUCUUUGCAGGCUCAGCAGCAGCAGCGACACUGGCCAAAAGCAAACAGGCAUCGGAAUCCCCCACGAAGACACAAACUAAGAGAGCCGAAGUUGACAGCAGUAGCAGCACCACCAAUACCAUCCCAUCGCCAGCGGUGAAAAGGCAAAAGUUGGAGACAAACGAGGAGGAGGAGGAAAAUGAGGAGAUAAUGCUGGCUCCAGCAGAGGAAGAGACCAUAACGUCGGAUUCAAGCCAAGAGGGAGUUGCAGCUGAAACUGAAGCUGGAGCUACACAAGCAUCUGAGACCGAAGCCGCAUCCCUUAUAAACUUGAGCGAGGAACAGCAAAAGAAAUCGAACCCCAAUGACAAGUCAUUGUCGUCAUCCAAGAUCCCUUACUCUUCGUUGACCGACAUAUUCGAGCAAUUGGAGCACGAGUCGUCGCGAUUGAAAAUCACGGCAAUCAUCUCGCAAUACUUCUUGACCAUCUUGCAACAGCAACACGACGAGUCCAAGUUGAUCAAAAUCGUCUACCUUUUCAUAAAUCGAUUGGGACCUGAUUACGAACCCGAUUUGGAACUAGGUCUUGGAGAGACCUUGUUGAUCAAAACCAUCAGCGAAUGUUACGGAAGACCCACAACGAAAAUCAAAGAGGACUACAAGAAAGUGGGCGACUUGGGUUUGGUGGCACAAAAGUCGCGAUCGGGCCAGCCGACGAUGUUCAAGCCAGCUAGCUUGGACGUGGACACUGUGUUUGAAAACUUGACAAAGAUUGCCAAAUUCACGGGCAAGGACUCGCAGCUGAAGAAAAUCGGAUUGAUCAACAAGAUGUUGACUGCUUGUGAGUUGAAACACAACGAAGCCAAGUUCCUCGUGCGUUCGUUAGAGGGCAAGUUGCGGAUCGGGUUAGCUGAAAAGACUGUCCUUGUCGGGUUGGCACAGGCAUUUGUGAAUUACGAAAACUGGAAAGCCGCCGAAAGUGCUGAAGGUGGGGAAGCGAAAAAGAGUAACAAAGUAGACCCGGUGGCCAAGUUAGCCGAGGCAGAGGAUAUUAUCCGAGAGGCGUUCACGAGGAUUCCCAAUUACCAAAUCAUCAUUGAAAAUGCCUACAAGUACGGAAUCUUUAAUCUUCUAGACCAUUGCCAUUUGACUCCUGGAAUUCCCUUGAAGCCCAUGUUGGCCAAGCCUACCAAGUCAAUGAGCGAGGUGUUGGACAGAUUCCAAGAUGAAAAAUUCACCUGCGAAUACAAAUAUGAUGGUGAAAGGGCACAAGUGCAUCUUUCUCCCGAUGGCGGGGUGCGGAUAUACUCGAGAAACUCCGAAGACAUGUCGCAGAGGUACCCGGACUUGAUCUCGAUCAUCAAAGAAUUUAGCAAGACGCAAGAGCACACCUCGAUGAUAUUGGACUGCGAGGCAGUUGCAUGGGACAGAGUCAACAACAAGAUCUUGCCAUUUCAAGUGUUGUCAACCAGAAAGAGGAAAGACGUGAAUGAAAAGGACAUCACAGUCCACAUUUGUCUUUUCGCGUUUGAUAUUUUGUUCUACAAUAAUGAGUCAUUGAUCACACACUCGCUACAAGAAAGGAGGAACUUGAUGUUUCGCCACUUGAAGCCGUUGGAGGGGAAAUUUCAAUUUGCUACUUUCAAAGAUGCAACUUCUUUGGAAGUAUUGCAGCAGUUUUUGGACCAAAGCAUCAAGGACUCGUGCGAGGGGUUGAUGGUCAAGAUGCUAGAAGGUACUGAGUCAUUCUACGAGCCGUCGAAAAGAUCUAGAAACUGGUUAAAGUUGAAGAAGGACUAUUUGGCAGGCGUGGGUGAUUCGUUGGAUCUUGUAGUGAUUGGCGCAUAUAACGGCAGAGGCAAGAGAACAGGAACCUAUGGCGGAUUCCUCUUGGCAACGUACAAUCAGGACACGGGAGAUUUAGAGACAACGUGCAAAAUCGGCACUGGUUUCAGCGACGAGGACUUGACAAACUUGUACAACAAGUUGCAUCCCACAGAAAUACCGCACGCCAAAGAGUACUUUGUCUACGACAAGACGAACUCCAAUGCCGUUCCAGACGUUUGGUUUGACCCUAGCUUGUUGUUUGAAGUGUUGACGGCCGAUUUAUCGCUUAGUCCAAUCUACAAAGCGGCACACGCAGAGUAUGGCAAAGGUAUAUCGUUGAGAUUCCCGCGUUUUAUUCGCCAACGAGACGACAAGAGCAUAGAGGAUGCAACGAGCUCGUCCGAGGUGAGUGAAUUCUACCAGCGCCAACCGCACUUGCAACUGUAA